AUGGAAGACGCGAGGAUAGUAGACGCUGCUCGUAGUGGUCGUAUUGGCUUGGUGCAUAGCCUGCUGGAAGACGGAGUGUCCGUAAAUAGCAAGAACGCGACUGGAGAGACUGCCCUGCACGUCGCUUGUUUCUACAAUCGUUCAGACGUCUUGAACGUCUUACUCGAGGCGGGAGCGUCGGUCAAUGCCCUCACGCGUUCUCGUUAUACUCCAUUACAUUACGCUGCCGAUAGUGGCAGUCUGGAUGCUGAAGACUUGCGGUUGUUGUUGCUCGCGGGUUCUGUAGUGACUGCACGCGAUUCGCAGGGAAAUACACCUCUUCAUACGUCUGUCAGGAUGGGAAGAGUGAGUACGUUUAAGUUAUUAGCGGAGAAGGAGGCUCUGGAGUCUGUGAAGGAGUUGUCGGGAUGUACCAGGUUUUUGACUGAGGGGAAUAACGCCGGGGAAUCGCCGUUGUCGCUCGUUCAUAAGAGAUAUGGAGGGCGGGAACUUGCUUUGUGGACAGAAGAUUUGUUGCAAAGAAUAAGAGUGCAACGCAUGAGACUGAUCUAUGGUUGUCGGCAUGUCAUACGUCUUGCAAUAGGAGAAAAGAGAGUGAACUGCAUCGAUCAACUUCCUUUACCAAGCCAUCUCAAGGAAUUCCUUAGACACGGGGUAUUAGAAUGACAAAGUCGUGACGUGAAAAAAUUAUUUGAUAAUAUUAACAAUAUAACUCAAAAUGCAAAUAUUUCUACAGAAGAUUCUAUUUUCUAGUUAUAUGUUGAUGUAUGACUUUCUAUUAUUGUUAUGAUAUUGUUACUGCUGAUUUACACAAAAUGUAUUAAUUGCAUUAAAAGGUUAGAG